CACACACUUAACCUUCAAAGUUUCAAACUUCAAAGCAAUGGCAUCUGAUCCUGAGCAAUCCCCUCUUUCCUCCCUCGCAAAGGAAGGAAAGUCAUCCGGUGAGAUUGGGAGUGCAAGGGUGCCUCUUCUUAAUGGGGUUCAUCACUCUGAAGACUAUUCCAUCUUUGCUGCCAUUCUUCCAUUUCUCUUCCCUGCUUUUGGUGGCCUACUAUAUGGCUAUGAUAUUGGUGCCACAUCUUGUGCAACAAUUUCCAUUGAGUCAUCAACACUAAGUGGAAUAUCUUGGUACAACUUGUCUUCUGUUCAAAUUGGUCUUGUAACUAGUGGAUCAUUAUAUGGUGCCUUAAUCGGUUCUGUGUUGGCCUUCAAUAUUGCUGAUUUCUUAGGUAGAAGAAGGGAGCUGAUUACAGCUGCAUUGCUGUAUCUUGUUGGAGCCCUUGUAACAGCAUUAGCUCCUAUUUUUCCUGUACUGGUGAUUGGGAGAUUUGUAUAUGGCAUAGGAAUUGGACUGGCAAUGCAUGCUGCUCCAAUGUACAUUGCAGAGACAGCUCCAGCACCAAUACGUGGACAACUCAUCUCUCUGAAAGAAUUCUUUAUAGUAAUUGGGAUAGUCGCAGGAUAUGGAAUAGGUAGCCUUUUGGUAAAUACUGUAGCUGGGUGGCGGUAUAUGUAUGGAGUUAGUAGUCCUUUGGCAAUAAUCAUGGGACUUGGAAUAUGGUGGCUCCCAGCCUCUCCUAGAUGGGUACUUUUACGUGCUAUACAGGGAAAGGGGGAUAUUCAGAAUUUGAAAGAGACAGCUAUUCGUGGUUUGCGCAGGCUUCGAGGUCAGGCUCUUGGUGACUCAGCUCCUCAGCAAGUGGAUGAGAUUCUGGCAGAGCUUUCUUAUUUAGGCGAAGAAAAAGGAGUUACCUUGGGAGAAAUGUUCCAAGGUAAAUGCUUGAAAGCCCUCGUGAUCGGUGCAGGAUUGGUCUUGUUUCAACAGAUCACAGGGCAACCAAGUGUGCUCUACUAUGCUGCAUCAAUCCUUCAGAGUGCAGGAUUCUCCGCAGCAUCUGAUGCAACCCGGGUCUCUAUUCUCCUUGGUCUUUUUAAGUUGAUUAUGACUGGAGUUGCCGUUGGCGUUGUUGAUAGACUUGGAAGGAGACCUUUAUUACUUGGAGGAGUUUCAGGGAUGGUGAUCUCUUUAUUCCUUCUGGGUUCAUACUACAUUUUCUUGGAUGAUGUUGCAGCUGUUGCUGUAGUUGGUCUGCUGCUAUACGUAGGCUGUUAUCAGAUUUCCUUUGGUCCAAUUGGUUGGCUCAUGAUAUCAGAGAUUUUUCCCUUGCGCCUAAGAGGUCGAGGACUUAGUAUAGCUGUACUCGUCAAUUUUGGUGCAAAUGCCCUUGUCACAUUUUCUUUUUCCCCACUGAAGGCAUUACUGGGAGCAGGAGUUUUGUUUUACAUAUUUUGUGGAAUAGCCGUGGCAUCUCUUGUAUUCAUAUUCUUCAUUGUACCAGAAACCAAGGGGCUCACACUAGAGGAGAUCGAAGCCAAAUGCCUCUAAUUAGUCACCUUGUUAUGUUUCAUCUAUAAAUAUCUGUUUAUAGUACUCUGCUGCAACUUGUCCUGAAUCCAUUGAAUCUGUAAUGACACAUAUUACAUAAAUAAACAAUAGGUAAUAAUGAAUUUAUGUUAACUUACAUGUU